UUGAAGUUUGACAGUUAUCUUGUGUGUGUGACAUCGCCUUUCGAGAAAAUUUCGGAAACAAAAACGCGUGAAGGCAAACCAGUCAAAAAUCGGACGAAAAAUCGUCAAUCGUCGGUAGCAAAAGAAGUAAACGAGUGUGAAAAGUGGAUUUACCUCACCGUGGCACAGCACGGCACACAGUGAACAUUUCAAAAGACUGGAGAAGAAAGAUUCUAGUUGUAGUUGUCGCCAUUGCAAAUUCCGAGUAGCAAAAAAACGCGCUUGGGUGACCUCGGGCCCGAAGGAAAGUGCACUUCGAACGAAACGGCAAAGUGCGUCGCUGUUUCUCCUGGGUGUUGCAUCCUUCCCCUCGUCGGUAGCUGCAUCGCAGAUUAGAGCAGAAGUAAAUCGUCAAGAUAGUGUCGAUUUUGGUGCGUUUUUCGCUGGUGGCAAGGGAAGAAGAGAAAAACAGCAGGAAGAAAAAGAAGCAAGAGUAAAAUUUUCUGCAGCAGCUGUACUCACACAAACACAAACGUAGCAGGCAGCGCCAUUACACAAUACAUCGAAACAACCCAUCGUCGUGGGCCCCGUGGGUCGGCCGUGUGUGGAUUUUAAAUAAUACAAAGUAGCAAGGGAAGACGAACGAAGUGUUGUGUUGGUCUCCAGCUAGGGAAAAAAGUGCGUCGAGGUGUCAAUUUUAGUUUUGUCCGCCGAGGAAGGUCGUCGCAAUCAGAGAACGAUGCAUAUAAACAAUCCGGAUGCGUUGAAGACGUGGCUGACCGAGGUUCUGGAACCGCUGUGCGAUGCCGAUCCAGCAGCCCUGGCCCGAUAUGUGUUGGCAUUGUUGAAAAAAGACAAACCCGAAAAGGAACUGCGAGAUUGCAUGAAAGAACAGCUGGAUGUAUUUCUGGCCCACGAAACAGAACCAUUUUUGGAGCGAUUGUUCCGAGCGAUCAAAAGUGAGGAAUACAUCAAAAUAGUGCAAGCGAAAGAAGCGGCCGCUGCGGUGGCGGCGGCGGCUGUUGCGAGUGCUGCCGCGGCAGCAGCUGCUGCAGCAGCAGCAGCAGCAGCUCAACAAGAAAGUGUCCACCCCGCAACCCAGUCACAGUCUUCUUCCACUCCGGAGGAGACAACUACCAACAGCUCCAAGGUGCGCAUCAAACGAGAAUUCACUCCACCUCUGCAGGAAACCAACAGCAACGUUAAACCACCCAAAGAGUCAUCGGCGACCACUUUAGGAGAGAAAUCGUCUGUCACCUCCUCUAGCAGCAACAGCAAUAGUGCCGUGCAUGAAACUCCAUCUGAACUUCCCAGUAGUGCCAGUGGGGGAGCGAUUUCGGCACCUUUGGCCUCCAACAAUGUAGGUUCUAUCCAAACCGCAUCCGCUGCGGGAGGAAAAACUCCAGCAAAAAGCUCCAGUAGUAAGGAUGAGCAUAACAAAGACAGUCGCAACAGAGGUCGCCGGAUAUCGAACCGCUCUCGUUCACGGUCGCGGUCCCGGUCUCGAUCCUUCGAAAGAAACCGCGAAUCUCGUCGAUCUCGCUCCCGGGAUCGUGGUCCGCAGCGAGGGGAAUCCAACCGGGACAAGGUGAAUCGCCAGUAUCGUACCAACAAAUCGCCGGCAGGACGUGGUGGCGAAUCGUUCCGCCGAUACGACCGCAAGAACCAUGGCUACGAAAGCCGCCGCGGUGGUGGAGGAAGCGGUGGAAGUUCCGGAGCUAGUGGUGGCAACCGAAUGAUCAACAGAAGUCAAUCCGGGAGCCGAUCGCCUUCGCCGGUCGUCGAUCGUAGGAAGAUGGCGCGUUCGGAAUCGCCCGUUACUGCGACGGCACCGGCCAUUGUCCCUACACCUGCCCUGGAACCUAUUGUUGAGGCGGGGUCGUUGAAUGCGAAAAGACAGCGCUGUAGAGAUUUCGACGAGAAGGGCUACUGUAUGCGAGGUGAAACAUGUCCCUGGGAUCACGGCGUUGAUCCGGUUGUAUUAGAAGAUAUCAACAAUCCGGCAUUGAUUACGAUUCAAUCGGCGGCGCAGAUGCGAACGGGUCCAAUUCAUCCGGAGUACAGCCCAGAUGCUCCAGAAUUGUGGAACAGACCACCAAGUUUCCCACCAGGAAGACCCUCCAUAGCACAGAGGCUAGGAAACAUUGCCGGAGUUGCUGGAUUUGGACCACGCGGGGCGCUGACCGGGUCCUUCCGAGGUGUAGCUCCCGGGUUUCCCACCGGCUUUCCAGGAAAUCCAAUUGGCGCGACACCCCUGCAGAGGGAGCUGAUAUCUGUGCCAGUUGUAGAUGCCAACAAAGGAGGAGAUGUGUCGGCGCAACAACCAAAGCGUCGAUUUGAACCGGAAGAUGCCGUUGCUGUGGCAGACGCUCACUUAAAGAGAAAACUUCCAAUGAAUAACCGGUUGGGACCUAGGGUGGCCGGUCAUCCGGCAAACAAUGGUGGUAUUGUAAAUCCGCAGCAAAACUGUUCGCUAGAAUUGAGGAAGAUUCCAAGAGGACUCAAUGCCAUCGCUCAUUUGAAUAAUCACUUUUCCAAAUUUGGAAAGAUUGUCAACAUUCAAAUCAGCUACGAUGGAGAUCCGGAAGCAGCCAUUGUGACAUUCUCAACUCAUGCAGAAGCAAAUGUCGCCUAUCGUAGCACGGAGGCUGUUUUGAAUAAUCGUUUCAUCAAAGUAUUUUGGCACUCGUCGCCAGUCGGAGGGGAGCAGCCUGCGAUAACUCCGGGUGCCAAGACGGAACAUUCACUCCGUAGAACGUACCCGAAUCAGUACAGCAUCAACAACAACCUGAAUAUUACGCCAGUUGUCCCCACUCCAACGCCCGUAGCGCCAACGGUUUCCAAGGAGCCAGCAACUGCCAUCGUCGCGACCAGUUCCGCCGCAUCUUCCGUUGCUAGCGGUGGAGAAAAUGUAGCUCCUACCACGACUGUUGUAGCUACCCAUUUGACGAACACCGCUACCAAACUGGUCAAUACCAGCGCAGCUCCGAUCGUGACGGCCAACCAGCUGCGAAUGAAAAACGCAGCUAAAAUCAACCAUGCCAAGUCCGAUCUAAUGCGGAAGACGCAGGAAAUCAGCCAGGGUCUGCUUAAGCGGAAAUACGAUCUUCUGCAGCGCUACCUAAAGGAGCUGCGAACGCUGGUGAUGAUGGUGGAAAAGUUCGAAGCGCAUGAUCCCAGUCGGGCCAAGCUGCUGUCCUCCAUCAAGGAACUGGAAGGCAACAUCGACAAACUGAAGCAGGAAAUUGCUAGCGAUCAGCAUCAAAUCGCUCCCCAAGUGGUUCCGAAGCGUAAAACCAAGGAACAGCACGAAAAGGAAAUUCUGGACGCCGAGCUGGAACUGAUUGCUCAGGAACAGCGUGUUCAUCGAGUUCCUGGAACUGGAAAUGGGCCGAUCCCAGUCGCAGCUAAUACGGGAGGUCCAACUGGAAAACCACAGCUGUUUGGUCCGCAAGGUGCUCGAGCAGCUCGUUCAAUAAACCGUGUUGCUCCUCUGGGAUCGACCAGCGUGGACCGACGUCCAACGACGAUCGCCGUGACCGGAUUCUCGCUGGAGGACGCCGAUGCUCUUCUCGGACAUUUCAAGCAUUUCGGAGAGAUAACCAAACAUCAACUAGAGGAAGCUGUGCCAUCCCUGUCGAUAACCUAUUCGAUCCGUCAGAAUGCUGAAAAGGCGCUUGUCCGUGGGAAGAUGUUCCGUGACGUGACGCUCCAGAUCGGAUGGGCGGCGACCAAUGGCAAUAACAACGCGGCCCAAGCCGCAGCCCCAGUCGAAAAGUCGGAAAGCAAGGAGAAAUUUGCUCCGGUCGGAAAUGCGGCCGAUGCGGAAGUCUUGACAAAAGCGACAGGAAAAUUGGAUGAAGCAGCUGGUGAAACGGUCGUACCGGUCGUAGCUGCUGCGGAUACCAACUCGGCCACUUCGAUGGACACCUUGGCCGAAACCGCUUCCAUGGAGGAAGCAUCCGAGGUACAGAUGGCUGAAGAGGAAGAAGAGGAGGAAGACAUGGAAUCGGAGGAUCGUUCUUGGCGCCGUUGAUAAUCGCCGGAGUGGACCAUAAGCGGAACUAGAAAGCCAUCACCCCUAGGGAGAAGCAACAGCCGGAAGAGGAAAAUCAGCUUAAUGAAUUGAAAUAUCAACUUUUUUUAUUUCAUUUUUGUCCUUACCUUCUAAGUGGAUUUUGUUCUUUCCGAAUGUAGCAAGUAAGAAUUCUCCACUCUACACGCAAAAUGUUUUCUUUUUGUUAUUUACCUUUGUAGUCAAAUGUUUUGUAACGUUUGGAAUUGUUAGAGAUCUGUCGAGCGCGAAAUUUUGAUUCCCAAAGCAGCGAAGUCGUAGUAGAACGAGGAGUAUUUCCAACUGAAUUACAAGCAAUUAGAGUUAGAUUUUAUUGUUCAAAGACCUUAAAGUUUACAGUAUGAAACCCAUUUUUAAGCUGGUAGUCUACUAUUAAUUAAGUCGUUUGACUAAUCGUACAGAACCAAAAUUAUUGAUUAUGAAAGUUUUAUUUUGAUGGAAAAAGGGGCACGCAUCGAAGCGAAAUCUAGCGGCUUUCAAACAAACAAAACGAUGAUAGUUUUAGCGAGAAAAUCUAGUAAUUAACUAUAAACUAAUUAUGAAGCAAAUUCAAAUCUAUACAAAACCUAUAGAUACAAAAAGCUAUAAGAUGAUAACAGUAAUAAACAAUAAGUGUACAUACAGUGAUUUGUAAUCCUAGAAACCAACCUAAACGAAGGAAGGGAAACUAAUUUAAUAUAUUCAAACAACAAAAAACCAACAAACAAGCGAUUAGGACCUUGAAGAAAUUAUUUAAACAAUCGUCGUAGCGUGGAAGGAUUUCCCUGGACAAACGUUCAUCACACUAACGAACAGCCGCGACUACAUUGAGAGGUGGCAGUAAACCUUUUUGAGAGUGCUUGUGCCGCCUGUCGCAACCCCACCCCGCGGAUCGGACUCUGGACCAGUCAGCAGCAAGUUUCUUUUGUUUUCUUCUAUUUCUUGUAUUUCUUUACAGAUGAGAUAACUGUUCCCAGUGCGACGUUCGGACUCAGCAACCAUGAUUGAGCCAGAUUGUACCAGAGCCCCUUUAUGUAGCAUGUCCGUAGUUGAUAAGAACUUAUGAAAAAAAAAAAUGUUAUCAGUAAAUUUGUGGAAAUGUAAGAGAUAGGUCAAAUUGCUUAAAAGAUACAUUGCAAAACAGAAAAAAAUAACAAGGAACUCUGAUAAAAAAGAUGCCGAAAAAUACAAUGCAAAAAAAAAAUGAAAAGAAAACAAAGCAUGCAAAAGAUACUCAAAAAAUUCACAGAGUAAAAAAUGCACAGUCGGCACAACGUUUUGAGAAGGUUUACGAGUGAUAACUAAAAAAUAAAGUUGAUUUCAAAAGAUGAAAGAUUACGGUAAACUCGUACGCAGAGUUCAUGAUAGCUAUAACAUUAAAA